CAUUUUAGUGUUGCAGCGCAUCGUGUAAAUCCUGGUGCUCCUGAUGAGAGUUUCUAUGGCGGUACUAAGCGCAUGGUUUCAGGAUUGACAGAAGCUUUACGUCAAGAGUUGAGAGUUUUGAAUUCCCAUAUCCGAGUCACAGUCAUUUCUCCUGGGAACACACAAAGCAAUUUUUUCUCAACACUGUACAAUGACGAGCUGGCAGAACAAGCGUUUAGUGAAAUAAAGUGUUUGCAGCCAUCGGAUAUAGCGGCUGUGGUAUUGGAUGUGUUGAAAUCUCCUCCAAAUGUACAGAUUAAUGAAAUCACAGUGAGACCAGUUGAACAAGUAUCCUAAACUAAAUGAAAUAGCAAAAGCUCACAUUGAAAGGCUGAUCUUUGACAGGGGAAGAUUGCGAUUGAGUACCCUUACUUCAUCGAAAUUACCACCAUCAAAUAUGUACAACAGAUUAUUAAGCAUGGUAAUAUCACCCGAAAUAUUUUCGCUUUUGUUGAAUCCACGUGAUGUUUGUCGCCACUACAACGCUAUGACCUUUGUUUGUCCCGUUUUUUCAUUUGAUUUUACGCAUAACACAGGAUCUCACAGUGAAGGGAAAAUGGUCCAUUACAAACUCGAAUUGAGAAAUCAUUCAAAUGUAAUUUAUUAUAAAUAAAUGCAACUGAAAA